CGUCGCUCCUGGCUGUACUCUUCCUGCCUUGCUCCGUGCCUGGGUCAUAGCGCUCUCUGACUGGUCCCGUGGGCUGCCAGAGCCCGCAGAGUAGCGAGCACAGUCGGGAUGUAGCAUGCGUGAGCGUGCGGCGGGAGCGGCGCCCAGGGACACAGGCGGGGGCCAUGGCUUCCUUUGGGAAGCUGACGGAAUACUUCAGCCUGAGGAAGUCCAGGACGGAGCUGCGCUCAGGGUGGCGCGGCCGGCGGAGCGGGAGCUGCUGCUGUAGUGGCCUGGAGUGCAGGUCUCUGGACAGGAAGCUGCAGCGGCCGCUGCUGGGGAAGUCCCGGACACUGCCCAGCAUCCCGCAGUCCCCGGUCCUGAACAGACUUCCCCUUCUCGACCCCACCGUGUACAGGGAGGAGAUGCCAGAACAGAAGCCCUACAAGAAGCACUCAGCCCCUGACCCCCAGAAAGGCUGCACAGUCCCUUCUGCUGGGGAGGCCUGGCAGCUGGAGGAUGACUGUACGGACCCCCGCCAGGAUGCCCAGCUCGGCACAGCGGUGGAGGAUGCCCCAUUCAGCUACUUCCGCACCCGCUCCUUCUACAUGAGAAAGAGUCUGUCGGUGGACAACCACCUUGGCUCCCUCAGCUAUGCUCUCCACCCAGCUGAGACCAAGGCUGAGCGUGUCAAGACCAAGCUACGGCGGCAGUUUAGCCUGGGGUCAGCAGACAAGAAAGACUUUUACCAGCCAAAGUCGGAAAGCAGCCUCUCUAGAUUUGCCCACCGCUUGUCGGUGAAGCAGAAGCAGGAGAAGAGAAGGAAAGCUGAGUAUGCCUCGGCUGAGCUGUCUGCCUUCCGCCCCAGGUCUCUGAGCAUUGAAUGGUCAUCCUCCCCUAAAAUGACGCAGCAGAUGAGGGACCUGCAGCUGGCUCAGGCCAGGAAGCCUCCGGGCCCUUCCUCACCCAACGCAGCCAAGAGGCUCUACCGAAACCUGUCAGGGAAAUUCCGUGUCAACUACACGUCCUUUGAUGAGGGCAGCCUGGCGGGACGGGGUGAGAAGGAGAAGCUCCGCAAGUCCUACCUGUUCCAGAGCAAUGCUGCCCUUUUCGAAGCUGUGGAGCUGCAGGACCGAGACAGGGUCCAGGAGCUGCUGAAGCAGUACAGCCCCGAAGAGCUGGACCUAAACACCCCCAACAGUGAGGGGUUAUUGCCCCUGGACAUCGCCAUCAUGACCAACAAUGUUCCCAUUGCCAGGGCCCUGCUGCAGGCAGGAGCAAAGGAGAGCCCACACUUUGUGAGCCUGGAGAGCCGCUCACUGCACCUCUCCACCCUGGUGCGGGAAGCAGAGCAGCGCGUCAACGAGCUGACAGCACAGGUGGUGAAUGAGGCGCCCAACGCCGACUGCUCCAACAAAGAGAAGCAGCUCAAGGCCUGGGAGUGGCGAUACCGGCUUUACAAGCGCAUGAAGGCAGGGUUUGAACAUGCCCGAGUGCCAGAUGCCCCCACCAAUGUCCACCUCUCCGUGGCCAGCAGCUCCUCAGUGCAGGUGACCUUUGGGGAGCCCCUGCGCUUCAACUCAGCUGUUGUCACCAAGUACAAAGUGGAGUGGAGCUGCUUCCCCACCUUCUCACCACUGAUGGGGGAGGCUGUGAUCGACAAGCUGAAGAACCUGCACUUCACCAUACAGGGGCUGGUGUCGGGCACAGCUUACUACGUCCAGGUGUCUGCCUACAACAUGAAGGGCUGGGGUCCCCCACAAGCCUCCGUGCCCCCUUUCGCCAUCCCUUCUAACUGGCGGGAGUACGAUGGCCGGGCCCCACGGCGAAGGGGACAAGCUGAAGCUCUGGACCAUCUGCUGGGGCAGGUGAAGACUGCCCACCAGCACUGCAUUUGCCAUGAGCCCUGCAAGAGCCAGCCCCAUAGCAGGAAACACUCAGUCUCCAAGAGCCUCAAGCACCUCUUCCAUCCUGGCAGCAAGUUCCUCAAGACGCUGAAGCGGGGCCUCUACCUGACAGCCAUCUUCUACAAGGAUGACAACAUCCUGGUGACUCAUGAAGACCAGAUCCCUGUGGUGGAGAUUGAUGACACAUACUCCUGCCUGCUCAUGCAGGAUUUUCUCUGGUUCACCAAGGUGUCAUGUAUGUGGGAUGAGAUCCUGUGGCUGCGGCAGUGUGUCACCGUCUCCCAGUCGUCCUGCUCCUGCAUCCUACAGACACGCUUCAAGAUGCUGCUUGCCAUCUCUCAAAUGCAGGGGCUGCUGGGUAUCCAGGACCUGGGGCAGGUCUUCUUUGAGCCUGUCAAAGACAAACAGGGCAAUAUCCUCAUCGUCACUCUGAAGGAGGUGAAGACCAACCAGACCUUUGAGAGUGUCCGCUGGGUUCCCAUCUGCAAGCUGCAGAGUAGUCGCAAGUCCGUGUCCUCCCCGGAGGAGCCCACUGCUCUGGACAUGCUGCUGAUCUCCAUCCAGGACAAGCUGGCUUACCACCAGCGGAGCAGCCAUGCUCUCUCCCGGGGCCUCUACUUGGGCUACUUGAAGCUCUGCAGUGCCGUGGAUCAGAUCCGAGUGCUAGUGCCAGAGCAACUCCCCAACAUCCUGUGCCACGUCAAGAUUCGUUCUAAUCCCAACAUCUCCAGGGAGGAGUGGGAAUGGCUGCAAAAGAUGAUCAGCGUGGAGGAGCCUGUUCCUGCAGAACCAGAGGCUGAGGCCUCCCAGAACUGCUUGUUUCAGGAGCUCCAAGUGGCCGUCAAGGAGCUGAUGACCCUGGUGAACAUCCCAUUGCAAGAGGCCAAAGAUUUCCGUCUGUACAGCCAAGAAGUGCUGGACUUUGGGGGUCAGGUCUCCUUUCUGCUGCUGCUGCCUCCAUCAGAUGACGUCUGCACCGCCCCAGGCCAGAACAAUCCCUACACCCCUCGCUCUGGCUUCCUCACGCUGCCGCUGCAGAUCUUCGAGCUAGUCCACUUCUUCACAUACGACCGGGAGUUCAUCACCCAGUACUGUCAGGUAUCUGCGCUCCUGGAGCUGGAGUCGCUCCUCUCUCAGCAGAGCCUCAGAGAAGCUUUCUCCGAUGCUGAGCUCUCCACUGCAAAGCAGAGGCACCAGCAGGUUCACGACUAUAUCCAGCAAAUGGAGGAGAUCUGGCGUGAGAUGCGCUGGAUUAUGGAUGCCCUGCAACAUGCCCGGUACAAGCAGCCCUCCUGUGGGGUGUCUCUCAGUGGCUUCCUCAGUGAGGCUGGAGGAGCAAUGAAGGAGAAAACCCGGUCCACCUCAUCCCACCUCGAGUACCUUACCUCCCCGGCGCCCUCACCAGAGACCAGCUGUAAGCUCAACUCUGACUCACAUGGGCUGUCGGAUGAGGAGGGCUCUUCAGAGGUGUUCUUGGCCACUGACAGUGACUACGACUCCAGCAGGGCACAGAGCCCGAAGGAGCUUGACCUGGUGUACUCCUCCUUGGGGCCUGACUGCUGUGGUAGGAGGGCUGCCCACACCCUGCAGGACAGCGCCCCAGAUGUCCUGCAGAACCAUGAGCUCAAGACCCCCCUACCACUGCCGCCACCACUGGCGGAGCCCCAACCACCCCCUGAGCAAUAUGACAGUGACUUCGUGCUGCCCAGCCGACAGAUCGAGCUGCUGCGCAUCACAGAGAAGCGGCAGGCAUACUGUGUCCGAACCAGCAGCCUGGACUUCCCUAAACCGCUCUGCCAGGCAGCCAGGAAGUCCUGCCCUGGCUCUGUCGACAGCUCCCCAACAGAGAGCAGGACCACGGGCCACUGCAGCCAGCGCAGGCUGGGUGCUGCAGUGACACCCAGGCCUGAGUGCAGCCGCAGCACACAGGGCUCCCAGCCCAUUUUCCGGACGCGCUCAGCCGAGUGGACUCAGAACUUCCAGGAGCAGUCGGAGCAGCCUGGGUGCUUGGGUGAUCAAGGGAAGAAGCUGGGCUCUGUCACCUUGCAGGUCUGCCCUCAGUACGAGACUGGACUCUCCAAAGAGACUAGUGUCAAGCUGCACAUCACCAGCCAGACAUCUGCUGGGGAGGUGGUGAAGCUGGUGGUGCUCGAGAUGAAUGAGAUGUCCCGCAGUGUUCUGGGUGGCUCAGCUGCCUUCUGCUAUGGCGAGGAGCAGCUGGAGCACUUUGGACUGGUGUUUGCUUCCAGUGACAGUGAGCGGUGGCUUCCUGAUGACUUCUUGCCUCUGUCCCUCCAAACGACCUGGCCUGAGGGGCAGUUCUAUGUCCGGAUCAAGGAGACAUCCCCUCUGGUGCUCCAGUAUGGGCCAGCAACCACUGUAUGAGAGCAGGAAAGCCGGCCAGGCAGCGUGGGGACCUCAGCUUCCAGAGAGCAGACAGCUUGUCUCUGAUUUUUCCUUCUUCCACAGACACCCUCUCAUCAGGCGUCGUGGGGUGGAUGGGAUCAUACUGGGCUGUGUGUUAUUUGUUUGUGUUAUUUUAUUAUUUUUUUUUUUUUUUUUACCAAAGAGACAUCAAGACUCAGUUUUUCUGACUGCAGAAGAGGAGGGUGGAGCUCGGAGACCUCAGAGCCCGGGAGGAAUCUCUGCGGGAAUGGAAUUUCUGAAAGUAAACAUUUUUAAGGGGAAAGGAGAGGGAAUGAGAGAGAAAAAAAGUAUGACAAGAAGAAGCAGCAAUACCUUUUUUUUUCUUUAUUCUUUUUCUGAAAAGGCUUGUUGGGGAUUCACUGAAGGCAAAGCCACAGAGGGUUGCUGGGGAGGGUUGUGGUGUCAGUGAGGAGUGGGCAGGAGUCCCAAGGACAGCACUGCGAAGGGUGUUUUCCCAUCUGCCCUCCUUUCACUGUACCUGGAGAAACAAUCCUUGCACAUAGUUCUUGGGACAAUUUUUUUUUUUUUUCUGUAAAGAUAAGUUUAUAAUCAUUGUGCUGGAGAUACUGGAGUUGUGUAGGAGGUGAAGACCCUUUGACUUGUUCUAAGGCAGCUGGCCCCAUGCACACACAGGGUGCACACAGCCGUGUUGAUACCACGUUUGCUAUAGAGCCUCACCUCCUGCAGCACCCUACACACCACCCUGGGGUUUCCUUACCUCCUCGGUUGCUAUUUUGUUUGGUAAUUGUGCUUGGCCUCUCUUGUAUGUCCUAUAGCAUGAUGUUUUGUUAGCUACUAGGUCUCUUGUUAACAAGGUUAUUUUUCUGAUCUCAUGUGGUCCAUAGUAAAGAAAGAUGACUGCUGCUGA